AUGGAAGCACACCGCGCCGAGCAACCACAGUGCACGAAAUCGGGUAAAGUAAUUCUAAAGCCUGGAUAUGAUAUGACAGACGGACUGAGUGAGAUUGAUGACUGGGCUCCGGAAAAGAAAAAACGGGCGAAAAAAGUGCCCUCUAAGCCACGUGAAGGGCCCAAGUUGAUCGACGAAUUUGAGGAAAAGGAAUCGGAGAAAGAGGCGGCGGAAAAGGAGAAGGAAAAAGAGAAGGAAAAAGAGAAAACCCAUGAGAAAAACGAGGCGGAUAAGGAGGAAAAAGAGGCAGAAAAGGAAGAGGAAAAGGAGGAAAAACCACCGAAGGAAGUCACUGAGGAGAAGGAAAAAGAGAAGGAAAGAGAGAAGACUAAGACGAAGGAUGAACUCGAAGAGGCGCCAAGGGAGAAGGAAACGAUGGAAAAGAAGCAAAAAUCAAAGGACGAAGACGAAGGGGACCUAUCGAAGGAGGAAAUUUUGAAAAUUAAGAAAGCGUUGAAAAAGGAGAAAAAGCUGAGGGAUCGAGAGCGAUUGAAAACGGAGAAAAUCGAUAAAUCGACGGAAACGAAGAACUCGACGACUCCCAGCACGGAAAAGGAGAAAAGUUCGAUGAAAAAGACGAAAAAGGAGGCUGCCGUGGCCACCGGCACCUCCGGCAGCGCCAAGAAAAAGGUGAGACCACCGGCCCCCCCUCCGCCGCCGACAAAGCGAAAGCCUAAAGAUAUACGGGCGAAGAAGAAGGUGUGCUGCACGAUUUUGUGAACUUUUUCCCUUUAUUAAAAUGAAUAAUUCGCUUUGAUUUAUUGAUUUUUCAUAAACUAUUUGGCUUUAAAAAUAAAAAUUUCGGAAAA